AUCGUGUGGAAGGAUAUGACAGACAAGAAUUAAACGCAGCUAUAGGUGCUGUAAUCUACGACCAGGAUGGACGAUCUGCUGGAUCUCAACUUUUCGGCGCCGGCGCCAACCAAACCGAAACCUUCGGGAGCCUUCCCUAAACCUCUCUACAAUCCGACAUCCUCGAACAUCACGAAUAUCAGCUCUGCCUCUCGAUCAAACUCGCCUGCGGCGUUCGACUUAUUGGCUGCUGCAGGAAGUAAGGCGUCAGGAUUGGCUAGUCCAGCUUUCGGAACUGUACCUUCCAGAGGGUCUACACCGUCUCGACCUCAGCCGGCAUCAGCUCCCAAAGCUAGCAAUGCCGGACCUGAUGCCUUUUCCGACCUGCUCUCCUCUUUCGGACCAUCGAGUACGACCAGCUCGAGCGCCAAUUCCAGACCUGGUAGCGGAAUGGGGAUCAACGUAUUAGGAUCGAGCAUGUCAGGUCUGACGCUGGUAGAGCGUCAAGCGAGGUUGGCAAACGAGAAGAAGGAAAAGGAAGACAGGGAGCGUCAGGCGUUUGAUUUCGACUCGUGGGGCCUAGGCACGAGCAAAGGGACCACAGCAAGCUUGAAAACUUCGCCAUCUCCCCUUGCUUCGAGCUCUUUCGCUGCGCAGAUCAGAGCUGCGGAUGUGUUACAGCCCGUCCCUCGCAGGCCAGAAGUGCCGGUCAAAGCUAAACCGACGGGAACGAGCGCGGACGUCGAUUGGGGUUUCGAUGAUCUACUGGGAGGAAUAUCCAACACUCCGCCAAUAGUCAAACAACAGCCUACGUCGGGUUCUCGAGCUACCGCUGCGCCCCCAGCAGAUCCUUGGGACCUAGACGCUUUGGCUAGUCAUAGUACAAAGCCCGCAGAAGCAGGGCAACCUGCAAAUCGUCAAGGACCACAUGGGACCGGGUCUUCAAGACGGAACGAAGACUCGGACGACUUAUUAGGUGAUCUUGGUCGACCGACUCAAAAGGCGCGUCCUGAACGUCCGCCUGUACCUGCAAAACUAUCGACUCGAACCGUAUCUCCUCCUCCUCACAUCGUCGGACAGAUUGUGGAGAUGGGUUUCUCACCCGCUCAAGCUCGUUCGGCCCUCUCAAAGACGUCUACGGGAGCCGAUGUGGAAGCGGCAAUUGCGAUGCUGGUGGGGGAGAGCAGCGGUUCAGUGGUGGACGAUCGACGUCGUGAAGGAUCCUCGGUCCAACACACGGACGAGAUGGAUGAGGAAGAGCUGGCGCGGGAACGUAGGAGGAGGAGACGUCAGGGACCGACUCGUGCUAAUCUGCAUACCGAGGAUGAGGAACGACGUCGACCUCGUAACGCUCGUGGCGAGGAAGAUGCGCAGGUCUACGGCGACGUUUCGGCACAGGCCGACAAGAUCCUCGCUCAAGCUUCCGAGAUCGGAAUGAACGUCUUUAGCAAGGCCAACAGUCUUUGGAGCCAGGGUAAGGAGAGGGCGCAAAAGUUGUACGAGGAAAGGCAGGCGGCAUUCGCUGCUGCCGAGCGAGCCAACGGGAACAAAGCCAAGAAUGGCGAUGGUAGGCCGAGGUGGAUGCUUGAUCCUGAAGAGGCUCAGGCGGAGAGGCAACUUCCGAGAGCAACAGGAGAAAAUGCACAUCGAUCCAAGACGGAUUCGUUCAAGGACUCGGAUGAUGAUGACGAAGAGCCGGAAGAUGCUGUGGCGAGAAAACCUCCCCCACCUCGGAUACGCCAACGACCGCCUCCUGCCGAGAUCAGGCCUGAUUCAGCUUUACAACCGAACCGGGCAUCAGAACCAAAGGUCGGCGAUCUCUUUGGAGAAUCGGCACCGGUAUACAGGUCGGCGGGCCGGCGGAAACCCAUCGCGAUUCCCGAGCCGAGGGAUAGAGCCUCUCCGUCUGCUGGACCAUCACGCCCUACACCAGCCCGUUCGCCUGCGCCUCUCAUCACUCGCCCCGUCGAACCUAUCGCUUCGAACAAGGUAGCGGAGUCCGCUGCGAAGAAGAACGUCGGUAACGAGCAUUUCAAGCUGGGCAAGUUUGGCGAAGCCUCGGAUGCAUACACGGCUGCCCUCCUUCCUCUUCCCUCGGGUCAUCUAUUGACCGUCCCCUUGUUCAACAACCGCGCGGCGGCCCGCAUCAAGCAGGGAGAUCAUACCGGUGCCAUCGCGGACACUAGCCAAGUUAUCACCAUGGUCGGGCUCGAUUAUCACCCUGCAAAAGAGACUCCCCUGAUGGGCGAUCUCGCGGAUGUCAAGCUCCCGGAAGCGCUCUUCAAGGCCUUGAGCAAGCGAGCCAGCGCCUAUGAGAUGGCGGAGCGGUGGACCGAAGCUAGAGAGGAUUGGGAACGUCUGAUGGGUCAUGCCGUCGCCGCACCGAUCUUUACUGGUGUUCAGGGAGCGAAUCAACGCAAGUUGGUCUCGGACGGUUUGGCGCGCUCACGGAAGAUGGCCAGCUCGGGUCAGACAGCCUCAAACGGGAACGGAUCGGACGUUCCAAAGCCAAAAGCGCGACCUGCCCCUCCUGCGAGAAAGGCGCCUGUAUCAACAGCAGCAUUUUCUUCCAAGAAUGUGGCCAAAAUGCGGGAACAGGCUGCGGCCCAGGAGACGGAAGAUGCUGAGCGUCUGGAUCUCAAGGCAGGGGUUGAUGCCAAAGUGCAGGCCUGGUCGGGUGGCAAGGAAACCAAUCUGCGAGGGCUCCUAUCGAGUUUGGACAUGGUACUAUGGGAGGGACUAGGCGUGAAGAAGCCCUCGAUGGCGGAGUUGAUCACCGAGAAGCAGGUCAAGAUCGGUUACAUGCGCGUUAUCGGCCGCCUUCAUCCGGACAAGCUCAACGCGAGUAACGCUACUGUGGAACAGCGCAUGAUUGCCAACUCCGUCUUUGGCAUCCUGAAUGAAGCUUGGCAUGGCUUUACUGGUCUCAGCUAGAUUUUCUCUCAGGUUGUAAACGGUUCCAUUGCAUGUCAGGCCAUUCACGUUGUAGUAGCCAAAGCGCAAAGUCGGUUGAGAGUUUUAGCAGCUUUCUUCCAUCCGCCUCGUUGUUUGUUUACUUUUUGUCAGCUUCGACGCCCCGAUGCCCAAAGAGCGUUCAAAACACCAUUCACUCGAACCUAUAGAUGCUCGAAACAAG